GUUCUAUUUGUCUUGUCUCGUCCGUCUCGACUCUGAUAGUUUGCGGAGUGAUCGCCGACGGCGUUUGUUUCAAGAAAUUACUUGGUGGUAACGGAAUUCAUUCCUCUAUAAUGUUAAAACGAGGUAAUGAUUCUUCCGAUGAUAGUAAUGAGGGUACCUACACAGACGCGGUCCACCCGCGGUUUUUACAGAAACCCCCUAAAGUUCUCCGUGGGUUAAAAAUUGCCCUGGUUCAACUGGCAGUUGGUCCCGACAAGAGCAAGAACAUAGCGCGGGCCGUCGAGGAAAUCCACCGAGCUAAGCAGGCUGGAGCUCAGCUGGUGGCAUUGCCAGAGUGCUUUAACUCGCCUUAUGGCACCAAGUUCUUUGAGCAAUACGCGGAAGAGGUCCCUGUGGGGGAGACAUCACGAGCACUCUCGAAAGCCGCAGCCGAGGCCGGAGUGUGUGUAGUGGGGGGCACCGUGCCUGAGCGGUGCGGGGAGAAGCUGUACAAUACGUGCACCGUGUGGGACGCGCGUGGAAAACUACUGGCACAACACAGGAAGAUGCAUCUCUUCGACAUCGACAUUCCAAACAAGAUAACGUUUAAAGAAUCCGAAGUAUUAUCAGCCGGUGACCAGCUGACUACAUUCGAGGUGUAUGGCGUCAAGAUCGGACUUGGCAUCUGCUACGAUCUGCGGUUCCAGGAGAUGGCACACCUUAUGGCCAAAAGUGGGUGCUCCCUGUUAAUCUACCCGGGCGCUUUCAACAUGACCACGGGUCCCAAGCACUGGGAGCUGCUCGCCCGCGCCCGGGCCACCGACCAGCAACUGUGGGUGGCGCUAGUGAGCCCGGCGCGCGACGAGUCAGCGGGCUAUGUAGCCUGGGGACACUCCACGCUCGUGGACCCGUGGGGCGCUGUUGUGGGCAAGCUGGAUGAGAAGGAAGGCACGCUCCAGGGCGCUAUAGAUUUGGAUACAGUGGAAGAAGUAAGGAGUCAAAUCCCAAUAAGAAGUCAAAGGCGAACUGACAUCUAUGACACCAUCGCCAAAUAAGUAUAAUUAAUCUAAUUAAAAUGUAGAUAUCAUUUUUGUACUGUAUAGUAUACUUUAUUUAUAUGUGAAGAAAAGCUACGCCACAAAUAUACCUUGCACAAGGAUUCGAAAA